CUUUUCAAAUUCGAUGGUGAGAUUGUCUACAUUGGGUUCGGUAAUUCUCAUGGUGAAAUGUGUACUGCUCCUUCGGUGAAGUGGGAUGCUGGCAGCAGUGCGGUGCCUCGACUAACUCUGGUUCCCAGUUUGGAAGAAACUGGAAGUUUUGCUAAAUUCGAAAGCAUCGAAGGCUCCCACAAUGAUUUCUCUUUUGCUGCUAGUGGACCGCCUGCAGUGCGACUUCUGGGUUACCCUGCUCCAAGUUCCCCAGCCUCAUUUAGACGCAUAGGAAACAAGUGGAAAUCCAAUGGGCCUCCUGGCACACUCGUGACAUCAAGCAAGUGGAAUUUUGUAAUCACAUCGGCUUAA